UGAAUGAACUUGGAACCAAAAAAUAGCGAAUGAAAAACAGACAAGAAACAGAGGAGUAGGAGUAGGAGUAGGGGCACAUAACCAUAACCAAAAUGGAGAGUUUUAUGAUGAUGAUAUUGAAUUGAACCAUUGAGUCAGAGAGAGAGAGAGAGAGAGAGAGAGAGAGAGAGAGAGAGAUAAUAAUCUAAAAUUCUAAUAAAUCUUUAAUUCUUAUAGAGAGAUGGAUAAGGAAGGCGAAGACGCAGAUGGAGGAGGUAUCAAAAUUCCAAACCCUAACCCUAAUCUCAGCAAUGGCUCAGCGAAGGGAAAGUCAUGCAAGGGUUGCCUCUAUUACUCAUCCACACAGAAAUCCAAAUCCAAAUAUCCCACCUGCGUUGGCCUCUCCCAAACCCUCCAACAAGUGCCCAGCUACAUUGUGGGAGAGACUGAGUUAGAGGCUUCUAAAGCGGACCGCAGCCUUACAGAUUUCAAGUAUGCUUGCGUAGGUUACUCGGUGUUCUUAGACAGAAAAGAUUCUCCUAGUGAUCAGCAGAAUAAACAAGCGGAAUUGCCGUUUUGUGUUGGUCUUGAGGUAUUGUAUGACAAAAAACCAGCAGGCCAUGCACAGGCAGCUCCUGCUCAUAAAAUUGAAGAAAAUGUUCGGCCGAUUCCUCAACCCCGAAGCUACAGACCACCACAUUCAACAGGAGAUGAAUAUCUCAACAGGUUUAAGAGGAAUGCAAUACUAGUAGCAUCAGGUGUUGCUAAGAAUGUGAAUAGAGUGGGAAGCUACAUCAAGCAGAGUGUGGAUGACAUUCUAUACCCUUACCGUAGAAGGCCUAAGUAACAAUUUUGAUUGUAUGAGUAAUUUAUAGCAUAAAAGAAGCCCGAUGCCUGAAAUGGCAUGAUCCCAGUUGUAUGAUUAAAUUGAAAUGUUCAUCCCUCCCUCUUUCUUCUUGUAUGAACAAAUUAAUCAUCACACGAAGGGAGCGGUUUGUAUAUUUUCGUUUGAAAAUAAUUGCUAACAUAUUGGUUUUCGUCUACAAGUGAUUUUUGUUA